AUGAAAUUAGACACACCUGUGAGAUCAGAUGCAGUCCGAUUUGUUUCUAUGGCUUGCAUUCAUCAUUCAUUGCCAGAUCCCAAAUCUAUUCCUCCGGGCGAUGUUCUUAUUGUUGCAGGCGAUUUUACCCAAUGCGGCCGAUUAGAUGAAAUUGAAUUAUUCAGCAAUUAUCUGAAGCAACUUUCGCAUACAUUCAAAGUUAUUAUCGCUGGAAAUCAUGAAUGCACAUUCGAUAAUCGCUUAACUAAAAUAACAGAAAAUACGCGUAAGAAAGAAUCACUUAUUAAGCAAACUUUUCCUCCGCAAAAAAAAUCAGUCGCCAAAGAGAAAUUACAAAAUGGAAUUUAUUUGGAAGACAGUUUAGUGGAAUUAUUUGGUAUUCAAAUAUAUGGACAUGGAGACGUGCUUCCAUCAGGACUACAUAUUGGAUGUGUUGAAUUACUGAAUUCCGUCGUGAAACGUAUCCGGCCAAAAUAUCACGUUUUUGCACAUAUUCACGCAGGCUAUGGUUGCACCACCGAUGGCUAUACUAAAUUUAUCAAUUGUUCAUUGGUAGAUGAUCGAUUACAACCAGUAAAUAAUCCCAUCAUUUUCGAUCUACCUAUAGCAGUAGAUGUUAAAGAAUACUGGCUGCAACAUUAUCGUCAAAGUGUUGUGUGA